CCCUUCGCAACGCGCAUGCGCACGCGGGCCGCCCACCGGCAGCGGCGGGGCGAGCGCACCAAGAUGGCGGCGGCCGAGGGCGGCGGGGCGCGGCCGGACACGGCGGUGCAGCGGGCAGAGCUCCGGGCGCUGCUGGCCACGGCGCUGCGCCCCGGGGAGGCCUGGUACCUGGUGGACAUCAGCUGGUUUAAGCAGUGGAAGAAGUUCGUGGGCUUCGACAGCUGGGACAUGUUCGGCGUGGGAGACCCCAGCCUCUUCCCCGGGCCCGUGGAUAACUCGGGGCUCUUCAGCGAUGCGGAAACGCAGAGCUUGAAGGAACACCUCAUCGAUGAACUGGACUACGUGCUGGUUCCCACUGAGGCCUGGAAUAAGUUGGUAGCGUGGUACGGCUGCAUAGAUGGACAGCAGCCUAUUGUGAGGAAAGUAGUAGAAUACGGUCUGUUUGUGAAGCACUGUAAAGUUGAAGUUUAUCUUCUUGAACUGAAGCUGUGUGAGAGCAGUGAUCCGGACAACGUAAUCAGCUGCCACUUCAGCAAAGCGGAUACCGUUGCCACUAUUGAGAAAGAAAUGAGAAAACUAUUUAACAUCCCAGCUGAGAAGGAAACUAGGUUAUGGAACAGGUAUAUGAGUAACACUUUUGAGCAGCUCAGCAAGCCGGAUAGCACUGUGCAAGAUGCGGGCCUGUAUCAUGGGCAGGUUGUUCUAAUAGAAGUGAAAAAUGAUGAUGACACCUGGCCUAGACAGCAUUUACUGGCAAAAUCAAGCACUGCAACUAGCAGAAACUUUACUACCUCUUCAAAAUCAUCAGCAAGUUCUUAUUCCUCAGUGUCUGCCACUUCUGUCAUUACUAAUGGUGAUAGCAGUAACUCCUAUGGACUGAACAGCUCCCACCUGGGCAGGGGAGGUUCUGGAUUUGUCUGCAACUCUUACAACUGCGGGGACUCUGCUUCCCUGUCACAACCUGGACUUUGUGGACUCAGUAACCUUGGGAAUACCUGCUUCAUGAACUCUGCAUUGCAGUGUCUGAGCAAUACCCCUCCUCUGACUGACUAUUUCCUGGAAGAUAAAUACGAAGCUGAAAUAAAUCAGAACAAUCCCCUGGGAAUGAGAGGAGAAAUUGCAGAAGCCUAUGCAGAGCUCAUAAAACAGAUUUGGUCUGGGAGACAGUCUCACGUGGCCCCACGCAUGUUUAAAACACAGGUUGGCCGGUUUGCUCCUCAGUUUUCAGGAUACCAGCAGCAAGAUUCCCAGGAGCUGUUGGCUUUUCUUCUGGAUGGUUUGCAUGAGGAUUUGAAUAGAGUGAAGAAGAAGCCCUACUUGGAGCUGAAGGAUGCUAAUGGCAGACCUGAUUCGGUGGUAGCAAAAGAAGCCUGGGAGAACCAUAGGCUGAGGAAUGAUUCUAUCAUUGUGGAUAUUUUUCAUGGUCUCUUCAAAUCGACACUUGUUUGUCCCAAGUGCUCUAAAGUUUCUGUGACCUUUGAUCCCUUCUGUUACCUGACCCUUCCACUGCCUUUGAGGAGAGAUCGUCUCAUGGAAGUCACCCUGGUAUACGCAGACCCACAGCGCAGACCUGUCCAGUACCGGGUCGUGGUGCCAAUGAUGGGGGCCAUCUCAGAUCUGUGUGAAUCACUCUCCAAACUUUCUGGGGUUCCUGCAGAAAAUAUGGUGGUGACAGACGUGUAUAAUCAUCGAUUCCACAAAAUCUUCCAAAUGGAUGAAGGCUUAAAUCAUAUCAUGCCAAAAGACGACAUCUUUGUAUAUGAAGUCUGCAAGCCAAGUGAGGAUGGCUCAGAGUAUGUUACUCUCUCCGUUUACUUUCGGGAAAAGACAAUGAGGCAAUCCAGCAAUACUUCAGGCACUGUUCUGUUCGGGCAGCCACUGCUGAUAUCCGUGCCGAAACACAAGCUCACAGUGGAUCACUUGUACGUUGUAGUUCUGGAGCAGAUCAGUCGCUACGUGAAACUCCCCUUGGCAGAAGAAUACUCGACGCCCUGCUCAGACAAAGGCACCUGCAAUGGCUCCAGCGGUGUGGCUGAAGGUGACAUUGAAGAGAUGGACCAUCAGGAUGGCGGACAGGAAGGCAAGGAAAAGUUGUCAGAAAUUGAAUGCCACUCUGAUGGUUGCAUGCAGGUUGAGUCAACAAGAGACCUGCAGCCUUGCAAGAAGCAGCAUUUCACUUUUAGCCUCGUGAAUUCUUAUGGGACCUCUGAGAUAAACUCCAUUGUGGAAGGAAAAAUCUUGAAACUGAAUGCUUUUUCUACACUUGCUAUUGACUGGGAUUCUGAUACGCGGAGGCUACUCUUUGAUGAACAGGAGGCACAGGCAUUCGAAAAGCAUUCAAGUUUGUUACAACCACAGAAGAAGAAGGCUGUGGUAGCUCUCAGAGACUGCAUAGAGCUCUUUACUACUAUGGAAACACUCGGUGAACAUGACCCUUGGUACUGCCCUAACUGUAAGAAACAUCAGCAGGCCACAAAGAAGUUUGACUUGUGGUCUUUGCCCAAGAUUUUGGUAGUUCAUUUAAAACGCUUCUCAUACAGCCGAUACUGGAGGGAUAAACUCGACACCGUUGUUGAAUUCCCUAUCAGGGGUUUAAACAUGUCUGAGUUUGUCUGUGAUCCAAGAAGAGGCUCGUAUAUCUAUGACCUUAUUGCAGUUUCCAAUCACUAUGGAGCCAUGGGAGUAGGCCACUACACCGCCUAUGCCAAGAACAAAGUGAACGACAAGUGGUACUACUUUGAUGACAGUAGCGUGUCCGCGGCUUCAGAAGACCAAAUAGUGACAAAAGCUGCAUAUGUGCUGUUUUAUCAGCGCCGAACCAGUGAAGAACAUCUUGCUCCAUCUCCUCCCCAAGAAGAGUGUGAUGGCAUGGAUACCAACUAAGCGUCGCAAUCGCCCCCGCCCAGCACUCGCCCACCGUGUUAGCGGUCACUCUUCUAAAGCUAUGUCUGAGGCAUCUGAAAUUUUUUCUUCCUUCUGUAGGAUUUGAGCAGAAAACGUAGCACUGAAAGAUCCGGUGCUUGGGGUUGCAGAAUAGCACUGGAGAGUCAGGAAUAGGUGCUGACACUUGUAUAUUUAGAGGCCAAAAAUAACAUAUAUUGGAGCUUUGAUAAAGUUCUUUUUAAAAAUCUGUCUGAGCUGUGUGGCUGGAGGCAGGGGUCAGGGCUGAGCCGGGCUGAGAGCUGUAGCUGGGGUUGGGGAGAGGAGGAAUUGGAGAUCACAGCUGAAUGUUGUGAGGCCCGUGGAGCAGUAGGUGAUUCUGUGAAUUGGUCCAGGGGCUUCCUGUAAAUCCUCUGAUGUUGCUGAUGCCCCAGGCCCCCCCAUCCCAUGCCAGGGAGGCGCGUGCACCCUUUCUGGAAGCUCUCAGUUCAAAUCUACAUCCAUCUGGCUUGCCUGUUGCCAUCUCUGCCGUUGUACUUUGGUUCCCUUGCCAAGCAUCAAGAGUUUCUCCUUCUUGCACCUUUUAUCUGCUGAUGCAUUUCACAACUCUUCUGGGCAGUUUUGACUCAGCCUUGUAAAUGUGAACACCGAAUCCUGCCAUGUGGGUAAUUUUACUGCACCUGGCCCCAUGGUUGGUGCAUGCACAGUGGCUGCAGGAUGCAGCUCUUAGAGCUCUGGCUCCUAUUCUUCACUAGAGAAAAUACCACCUGUAAGGCUGUCCACUUCUUGUCCUCUCAAUCUGUCUCCUGUAUCCCUCAUGCCACCUUCAGGCCACUCUAAGGACUUUACUGCCUGUUGCCUUCAGGGGGCAGCGGCGACCUGGUUCAGGAACGGCACGGCGGCCAAGCCCAGGCCGCUCGGUCCGUCGGCUCCCAGACACCAAUGUGGUGGAUGGCAAAUGGCGUUUAUUGUCGAGUCCCAUGGGGUUCUCUAGGCGAGGCCCAGAGCAUCACUUCCGCUUGCUUACAGCACAGGCCACACGCUGCUGUCCAUCAAGGGAGGGGCUCCACCUUUCCGUCCAGCGCCACAUCUUCCGGCCGCCAGCCCCUAACGACCCACAACUGCCUCCAGCGUUUCCCCAUGGUUUGUAUGGUUGCAGCACUUUUAUGUUUUGUUUUUAGUUCGUUGAAGUGUCUCCUUGGAGCUUUUACGCUGGUAAGGCUCAGCUCUGUGUCCCAAAGCUGUCGCCUGUAAGGAUGCUAGCCCAGUGCAAUGGAUUGUGUGAGGUUUUGUCCUUUUCUCGUGACUUUUCUUCUGCACCGUUCUUCUGGUAUUUGUCCUCUUCCCUUGAAUGUCACCCACGCGAACAUCUUCUGUGAGGCUGCAGGUGUAAAGGCCCUGGCCACGGUUCCCCUUUGCCAUAGCUGCUCAGCUGUUCUGCUCCAUCCUUCCGACACAACUGGCAAAUGCUCUUCCUGCUCCACCUUUACCCAAACUGUCUGUUAUUUGCAGGAAUUGAGUCCGGCUUUGCUCUUGAAUGAGGGCUCCGGGGACCGCUAGAUUGGGUCAGUCCUCGAUGGAGAAGUGGUCUUCCCAUGAAAAAUAGGAAAAAUCUAGUUUGAAUCUGUGGUUUUGAGGGUAAGUUCUAGCCCAAGGUGGCGAGCCACACAGGUGGGUUUUUCCUUCUCGGAGCCAGGUGCAUUGGCAGAACCAAAGGCUAAGAAAGACUAUUGCCUCACGAGGGCUUGUUUCCCUCCCCCCCAACAAAAUGUGUUCCUGCAGUCACACUCUCCUCUCUGCACAGUUCUUGCGGCUUCACUGCUGGCCAGAACUGUCCUGUCAACAUAACAGCAGCCAUCGUUGAACUCCAGGCGCACCAGCUCAGCUCCUUUCCACUUCCCUCAGCAACAAGCCCCAUCGGAAGUUGUCACGUGCCAGUCCCCAGACCUCUGUGCUGCAGCCCUGCCAAAGCACAGCUGGCUGCUUGCUGUCCUGUCCUGAUGCAGGCAGUGGGAUGGGAGGGCAGCACCUACGGCUCCCUGGCCAGGGCACGAGAAGGUCUUGGUGUAAGAGGAGGAGGGAGGACUGGGAGGCCUGUCUCUAGCUGGCACGUUAGUAUUAUGAUCCUGUUCUGCAGAAUUUUGCUUUUAAAGCAUUGAAAUUUGAGUUUAUAGAGUUCCGAAUUGUUUAUUUGCUUCUGCUGUUCUGUUUUUUUGGGUUGUUUGGGAUUUUUUAAACUCUUACUAUUUUAUUUCUGUUCUUUCCUCGUUACCGAGGGGAGCAUCCAAAAAUCAACUUUUAAGCUGUAGCACUGCACUGAAUUACUCUGAGCAGCAUUUUUGUUAGUUUUACCCUGAAAGAAAGUCACACGGGCAUUCCAAAAUGGGGGGGAGAGGAAAGGGGAUGAAAAGACCUUUUUAAAGGAAAGAUCUAUCUGAAAUAGCCUUUGUUCUCCUCUUUACUUCCUUUCCUGUGCUGACACUAAGAAAUGUGUCAGUGGGGCUAAAUCUGAUGCUCAGAUGCUGAACAGACUCUGUUGUACUGCAGAAAAAGUGGCCCAGCUCUUACCUUCUCUGACUCUGAGCCGAUGGGCUUAGGCUGGUGUGUGUCUUCUGUAAUACCAGACCUGUUUUUUAGACUAGCACUUUGUAAGUGGCUGGCUCUAUUGUACAAAGAGGAAAAUUAAAGAGUGGUUUGCACUGAAA